CGGUCGGUUUCUGACGUCACAACCAUAACAAAAUAGAAGUUCCCGCGAAAUCCGUGACGAUGGUCGCCGAUACAACUAUGGACUCCAUGUAUUUAGAAAACCUGGAUGAAUUUAUCAAUGAUGAAGGGAAAAUUGUGACGUAUAAGUGGCUGAGCCUCACCUUGGGGGUCCACACGAAUGUGGCCAAGCAGAUGCUGUAUCACUUCGUCACAAGUCAGCGUGACUCAGACAAAGGUGAUGACCUGAGCGUAACAUAUUUUGUGUCUGGUGUUGUGGCUGGGGAGGAAGACCAUCCCGAUGUACAUAAGAUAGUAUUGGUUCGAGAAGAUAACUUGGCAACAGUCAAGUCUAAGAUGAAGGAUGUUAUAUCAGUACACAUAUAUAGUGUUCAGAAGACCAAACUGCACGACAUGAGUGUUCUUUACACUGCAAAUUAUGAUCAAGUCAAGGAAAACAUCAUGAGUAUCAACAGAUACAGCAGCAUUGAAUGUCCUGAAGUAAAAGUUCGCUCGUCUGCUGACCUGGCUAAAAUAAAACAAGAGAAUGCAUAUCAGGCUCCACCUGAACCUACAAAGAUAGAGAGCAAAUACAAGCCAUCACAAAUGAAAACCAAUGUGAAACAGGAGCCAAGCAGUGAGACAGAAGCCAAGCACAUGAUUGGUAGCAGCAAAACAGCAGGAAAGAGUAACCAGAUCGCUUCUAUGUUUGCUCGUCAGACUAAGAAAUUGGAUGAUAUAAAGACCGAAGCAGUGAAAUCUGAAAAGAUUUCGAAGAAGGGGUCAUCUCCAGCUGGAUCUAAGACAAAGGGAGGAAUUUCAGCUUUCUUCAAAAAAGAGCCUGUAGAAAACUCACAGACUUCAGAAUCAGCAAAUUCAUCAUCAUCAUGCAAGACAUCAGACUCAAAAACAAAGUCUAGCAAGUGCUCAUCUAUAAAGAGUGACUCUGCUACAUCUUCACCAGUCAACGCAGAGUCGGCUGUAUCCUCACCCUCUAAGAAAGAAUGUCAGAAGGCAGUAAAAGAAUCUCAGCCCGAGUCUAUGGAUAUUGACAUUUCAUCAAAAAGAGCUAAAAGACAGCAAACAAUUCAGGUUAAAAAAGAACGCCAACAGAGGGGAAAAAACAAGAGAAAGGAGGAGAAGAAUGACCCGGCUCCAAAGACGAAGCGUAAAAGGAUCAUGCAGCUUAGUGACUCGGAGUCUAGUAGCGAGGAAGAGGAGGAGGAAGCACCAGCUUGUCCUCCUAGUCCACCAGCACAAGAUUGUGUUCGUGUUGAGUCCGACUCGGAUGAAGAAAUCCCUACCACCCCACAACCUAAGUCACUAGAUCUACUGAACAGAGGCCGGGCACGGAAAAAGAUACAAGUAGACAAGACUUAUAUUGGUGAAGAUGGAUUCCUUGUGACAAACAAGGUGUUUGAAUAUAUACAUGUUGAUGAGCCUGGCGAUGAGGAGACUUCUUUGCCUAAGAAAGAACAGGAUCCUCUAGAAAAAAUGGAAACUUCUCCCAAAGUUAAAAAAGACAUUUCUCCAAAGACUAAACACUCACCACAAAAGAAGUCUGCAAAGGCAACAAAGAAAUCCCAAGUAGCAGAUGCCAAAAAGAAACAACCAAACAUCACAAAUUUCUUUCAGAGAAAGUGAAUCACUUAUCAAAGUGAUGGUACUGGCAGUGCCAGUUUUAGUGCAUUAUACUUACUUUUAGUUACCAAAUUGUAUGGGUUGAAUGCACCCACCGCAACCCCGGGUUUGAUACUUCGUAUAUACAUUUAUGUUGAAUAUUUGUCUAUUCUUGUCCUUUUAUUAUGAAUAUAUAUUGUGAUUCCCUCAGGAAGCCAGAGAAAUCCAUCGAAAUAUUAAAUGUUUGAAGUUUAUGUAACGGAGUGAAGUGCCAUACUUUGAUAAAUGUUCAUAGACAUCCUGACUUGAAUAUCUCUGUUGGUAUAUUUUCUCAUUUAAAAUUUUUGGGGUUUUAUUAUCUGUGAGUACUGGUAUUAUUGCAUGGUGUUUCUUUUAUUCUGAAAAUUAUUUUACUAUUAUUAGUAGAUUACCUUUACCUAUAUUAUUACUUCUGUAUGUAUUUGUUUUAGCAUAAUAAGAUCUCAGAUGUUAGUAAUGUUCAAUUAUUUUACUUGUUUGCAAUAAAUUUUUGAGAUUAUGAAA